GCGGAAGCAGGAAUGUUGGUGUGUUUUCAGAAAAAGUUUGGACAAGUUUGACAGUUUGGGAGCGGAUACAUAAACCGCGGAGAAACAUGACGAAUCCAAACCAAACACUGCCGCUGUUCUCUUAGAGAAGGACACAACGGACCCUUGGUAGCCUCCUUAAGCCUCCAGGAGUGUUCCUUUGAAGACAGAUGUGAGGGUGAAGGAUGACUGAAGAGGCCUGAGAGGUGAGACGGAGGGUGAGACAGAGGUGUUUUACCUGCUGCUAAUGUUGCUGUAGAGUCCUCAGUCUCCUCUGACUGACUGACCUCGACCAGACAGACACAGGUAGAGAUGGAGAGUGGACCUCUGGGAAUGGACACCAACAUUGCUCCAGAUCCUAGAGUGCAGUCAAACUGCAGCUUAGCCUUUCUGCGGCGUCGGGCCUGGGCCCAGAGCAAAGACUCCACCUGGCAAGAAUCAGAAGCUGGGAGCUGUGGCCCCCAGGAGCCCCAACAGAACCAGACGGACGGGGUAGAACAAAGACCCUCCGAAGAACCAGGGCGAGUUCCCAACAACAUCACCAGCUGGCUGAUUGAAUGCAGGACUCCCCUAGCAGCCUCUCUAGAUGAUCAGAGUGCUUCUCCCAGCAGAGGAGCGCUGAAGAACGGCUGCAGCUUUGAAGAUGACCUUUCACUGGGAGCUGAAGCCAACCAUCUUCAGUCCAGUAACAGUAAAACCGAAUCCUGUUUUGGUCUUGCGGCGGAUCAGAAGAGGAGUCAGUAUAAAGAGAGGGCACGAAGUAUGAACUCCACAGGAUCAGGGAAGAGCAGCACUGUGUCCAGUGUGUCAGAGCUGCUGGACCUGUAUGAGGAGGACCCCGAAGAAAUCCUCCUAAAUCUUGGUUUUGGUCGAGAAGAACCUAACCUGGCCUCGAAAGUUCCCUCCAGGUUCUUCAGCAACACCUCCACAGCACGAGGCAUCGACAUCAAGGUCUACCUGGGAGCUCAGCUGCAGCGCAUGGAAGUGGAGAACCCCAACUACGCUCUGACUAGUCGUUUCCGUCAGAUCGAAGUCUUGACCACAGUAGCCAAUGAGUUCUUUCAGCUCUACAGUCAAGUUUCUGGUCAGCCCGUCCAGUGCAUCAGCUCCAAGGACCAAGGGCGGGAAGGAGGGGGAGAUGAGUCGACUCCUCCUCUGAGGAGGAGCGGCUCGGCUCGGAAUGUCGCCAAACUCCUCAAGACCACCCUCUCCAAACACAACCUGCUCGCGGCCGCCCCAGUGUCCCUUGAAGCACACACGCCUAACCAACAGACACAGCUGAACGGACACGCCACCUCUGGUCAGUCACACACCAACGGUCACGCACACGCCGGUCCAGAGCAGGACGGCUGCAGUACCGACCCCGCCCACCAGCCGGAGACAGUCAACCAGAAUCACAUGCGCAAAAAAGACAGCUGUUCCUUGGCGACAGUCGCUGAGGAAACCAGCGGGGAUGGAGACGACAGUCCUGAACAGAGCAGAACCGGACCAGCAUCCAAUGGAGGGAAUCAUCCAGAGUCAGCUGACUCUCAGUCAUCCAAUGAGAGAACAGAGGAAGGAACCCAGAUGGUCAAAGAGGAGCAGGUGGAGGAGAAGAUCCUGACCUCUAUCCCAGAGAAAGCUCCUCCUACCCUGGCCCCGCUCAAGCUGGCACAGCUUCGCACGGAAAACACAGACUCUUUCGACAUGGAGGAGAUUCAGAGUAACGAAGAUGAGGCUUUGCCACCCAGAACUUCCAGAGGCACCGACCUAUUGAGGACGGUCAGUCAGCAGUCAGACAGCAGUGGUUUUGCUGAGGAGCCCUCUGCUGACUCCAACAGCUACCUCAAGGUGCAGGAGAGCAGUGACAGCUGUGACAGCGAGACCACUGUGACAUCACAUCCGUCAAUAGAUGUGGCCACGCCCCUCGCAAUGGAUCAGCCAGCAUUCGAGCUGCCAGAUGACCAAGAGGAAGAGGCGGAGCCUGAUGUUGCUGCUGAGGCUGAUGGGAGAAGUAAUUCCAGGGGAGAAGACAAGCAUGAUGGGAAUUCAGAGCAGAUACUCCAGUAUGCAGUCCACCAUCUCCCCAGGAACAGACCAAUGGGAACGCAGGAUGAGACCAGGGAGGAGGAGCAAGUUGAGAGAGGGGAACAGACUGAUCCAGAACCAGAACAAAGGACUUCCCAGAGUAUGUCUGCUGCAGAACAAGAGCCACAACCAGAAUUAGAACACACUCAGAAUCAGACUGCUUCAGAACAAGAACCACAACACACUCAGAACCAGAAUGAGACCGCCACAGAUACAGAACCACCCACAGAGGGAGUGUGUGCUGAGGACGAGGCCAAAGAAGAGCAUGCAUUCUUGGCUGAUUAUGGUUCACUUUGUCGUCCUCCUACUCCUUCGUCUCCAGUUCUCAGUGCUCUGAUCCGAGCCAAACAGAAACAGGUGACCCGGGGUGAGCAGCGGGUCAACCCCCAGUCCGCCGAUUUGCCCCAAACCCCAGGGGGAGAACGAGGAAGACGUGGUAUCCCUCUACAGAGGUCCUCUUCCUUGCCCUCCUUGCCCUCCUCGUUCCCCUCGCCCUGCAGGAUCGUGUCCUCUGUCAGGAUCCAGUUUGGUCGAGGCCAGGCGUCCUGCACGCAGCCCAGGUACUCCUUUAAAUACAACCAUGUUGCCGAAGGGCAAGAUGAAGAAGAAGAAGAAGAAGAAGAAGAGGAGGAAGGACAAACCAAUUGUCUGUCUACUCUUAUUAUAAACCCUGCCCCCUCGCCUGACUCUAACAACCAACCACCAAGGCUCCCCACAGAAGCUUCCAUCCCACCUAAACCCAUCCCACGCCAUCUACUGCGGUCAACCUGUUCCCUGCAGAACAGCAGCCCUCCAUACGACUUGUCACCAGGAGACGCCCACACCUGGAGCACCCAGAGCGUUCCUGAUCUCUCCUCAAAUCAGCAGCAGCCGGGCCAGUUCCAUCAGAACAUGACUGCCAACCAAAAUCAGAAAAAUUGGAAUCCAGGGCAGACGAUGUUCCGUUAUCCUAAUCCUAAUCCUACAGCUCAGUACGCAUACCCAAGCCCAAAUCCCAGCCCCAGCCUUAACCCCAGCCCAUACCCCUUCUCUCUGAACCCUCCUCCGCAGUACCCAUCCCCUCUCCAUCCAUACGCCAGUUUUCCUAACCUCCUUCACCACCAAAACUUGACCCAACAUUCUAGUCUAACCAGUCUCUACCAAUCUACAACUCCCACACUCUCUCAGCACGGCAGCCUCUCCAACUUGCAUCAGCUCUCAACUUCCACGGCUCCUCAACCCUUCAAUCUGGGCAACUUGCAUCCAGGAUCUCCAGCAAUGCACCACCAAGCGUACAAUCAACUAUACGGUCAUCAGUCACCUUACCAUGCCUCUCCUCGCGGCUCACAGUUUGCAUCACCCUAUCUUGGUAACCAUGUGUACAACAUGAACCCACACCUGGCGUUUCCCCACCCCGUCACCCAGUGUCCACCGUUGGCCCCAGAACACGGCCUCCACCCAGGGUUUCCUCCUCCUGUUCCAGGUUUCUUCCCAGGCCUGACCUCAAGCCUUGGCCCGGGUCAGAGCCUCCAGCCAGGGUUCACUACUCCUGCUGCAGGUUUCUUCCCAGGCCUGGCCUCAAGCCUCGGCCCGGGUCACAGUUUCCACCCGGGGCUCACUCCUCAUACUGCUCCAGGUUCAGGACCCAGCCAGGGCCCAUCCAGUACAGAGAUGCAGCUGAGGAGAGUUCUGCAUGACAUCAGAGGAACGGUUCAGAAUCUGAGCCAGAAGCGAGCCGACACUCCGGACGCGUUCAGUGAGCACAGAGCAGCUCUGCCCAACCACCAGUCUUUGGCAGAGUUUCAGCAGAAGAGGCAGAGUCUAAACUUGUUCCGCACUCAGAUGACGGACCUGGAGCAGUCAAUAAUCCAACAACAGGCCCUGGUCUACAAGCACCUGAGCCCUGCUGACAGGAUGGAGGUAGAGCAGCUUCAGUCUCUGAGGUCAGCGGUCAGAGAGGAACUGCAGGAGCUAGAACAGCAGCUGGAAGACAGACUGAUGGAGCUGACACAUCACACACAACACAGGGGUCACCAUAGGGACAGCAGCUUUGACAGUAUGUCCACCACCUCUGCGCUGAGAGCCAUGGAGCCGGUGUCAGACCUCCUCAGAGAGCAGCUCCUCCUUCAAUCAGAGCUCAGCUACGACGGUCACUCCCCCUCCACCGCACCUUCCUCCCGAACCUCCAGUCCAGCCCCAGGAGGAGGGGAUGGCGAGCAGAAAGGAGGCGUGUACCGGGCAUCAAUUAACAUAAACCCAGUCCCCCCUCCUCGACCCAACACACGUACUGAGGAAGAGGAGAGGGAAGAGGGAGAGAGUGACGGGGGAGGAGUACCAGAGGAGCAAGGAGCAUCAGGAGGAAUCGGAGUGGGGAACCUGCACCAGCUCAUCAGAGAGAUUCGAGAGAGCGUGGCGCAGGAGGUCCGACAGGAGAUCUACAGGGAGCUGCUGGCUGCCAUGUCGCCACGGCAAUCUCCCCUGCCCGGCAGGCAACACCCGCUGUAGUCACGGCAACAGCAGAGCACCACCCCUUUCACUUUCAGCCUCAGUAACCACAGCAACACUGUCUGUCUGUAACACUGUAUAGCUGAGUAACAUUGUCCGUGUGAACACUAUGCGUCUAUAACACUGUAUGUCUGUAACACUGCUGACGAAGGAAGCACAUCGCUGACGUGUGAUAAGCCCCGCCCACCACACCUGUGGAGGGCGGGGCCUCAGACGGGACACUUGCACUUCUCCGUGUCUGUUUGUUUCUGGCGUGCUGGUGUGAUGCAUGCUGGGUACACCAGCUGUCCCUGUGAACCAUCAGUGGUGAUGUGUCGUCGUCACAUCCUGUUUCCUGUUUCUAAGCUGUUUUGAUCAAAGCCAGGCCUCACACUACUACUACUAAUACUACAAGUACUACUGCUAAUAGUACUCUGCCAGUACCACCACAGUCCCAGUCCUGUGAAUUUCUUUUGCCCACGAUCCCAGUCUGAGAUCAGAUCAGUACGUAUGGAUGAUAGUAAUAAUAAUAAUUAUAAUAAUAAUAAUGAUGAUAAUAAUAAAUCAGUAGCUUGUUACUUAAAACAUAUUCAUUCAUUUAGUAAUUUGGCUGAGUUGAAUCUUUCAAAGCCACAUACAGGGGGAAUACUUCCCUUAGAAAUGCUGUAAGUGCCUUAUUAAUGAUAUUGUAAUCUAAGCCCUCCUGUCCUUUUGUUUGCGUUUGCAUUCCUUAAACUUCAAAAAGAGUGGAGGUUUCUGUCAAACUUAGCUUUUACUCUUUAAAGUUAUUCAUUCCAUGCACAUUUCACCUUCAUGUAAACGGUUUAAAGAUGUUUUAAAGAUACACCGUUAAAGGUUUAUGCUCGUACAGCUGUCCACACAACUUUAUCAUCAUCACCAUCAUUGUCAUUGUGCGUCUGCUCCUCUAGCCUCAUUCACAGUUGAAUCUGUCAGUUUCCAUUUUUGUCAGAUUUGUUUAGCAAAACCUAUCCUGAACUGAAAAGAUUUAACAAAAUGUUGGACUGUCCCUUUAACACUUAGUCUUUGUUUUGUGUGUGCGUGUGUUGGUUGUUACAGAGCAGGUGAUGGGGUUAGCGAGUGAUGUCAUUAGGUACUGCAGACGUCAAAGGUCACUCUGCAGCAGCAGGUUUCAGUAAGUUGUCAUGGCGACAGUGAUGAUGUUGGUGAUGAUGCAAUGCCUGGUCAGCAGACCAUGUAUGGGGGAGCAGGCAGAGUAGCCCAAACCUUAGCUGCACUAGCAUGUUAGCCGCGUUAGUGUGUUAGCUUCCGACUGUCCGAUGACAAAUCUGUGCAAUAAUAUGAACAUGUAUAUGGAUUCCUGAGACUGUGGUAUCAGUAAAUCACUGCUAAUGUUGCAGGUCAUCCUGCUCCACUGCAGCAUGACUGAUACCAGCUAAUCCGCAGCUUGCUGGUUUUGUUGAGAAAAUCGGAUGUUCCUCCUCUUUGCACAGAAUCCACAGAAGUGAUUGAUCAAUGAACAAUGAAUUACUAAUGACCAUUUACUCAACAUCUGUUUUCUUUAGCAAUAAAGCCUGUUGUAUAGUGUGUGUGUGUGUGUGUGUGCCUCGCAGGUUUUCAGAUCGACCAUCAGUGACUGAAAGCAAAAUCUUGGGAGUAGCUGAGGUGACACACACACUCUGCACCCACCAUAGCGGGGUAUGAUUGGCUGAGAGACCUGUCAAUCAAGACAAACACCCUCCAAAAUACCUCUUCUUUUUUUUUUUUUUUUUUUUUUUUUUAAUCUUCACGAACUGAUUUUCUGAAUUUCAACACAAACUCACAUUAGAAUUUAAAUUACAUACUGAAAGCUGAACUUUUGGGAAACAAUUUAUUGAUUGUCUUUUUGUUGAUGUUUGGGAACAAUAUAUGGUGACGAGAAUCUGAGCUCAAAGGUGAUGAGUCUGAGCUUUCAGCCACAUCUCACAGUCUUAAUUCGAUGCUCUAAAUCAUAACUGGACCUUAGAACCUUUAUUCUCAUCAUCAUUUAUUGACUGUUUGUUUUAAGAUUAUAAUUUUUGAUGAUCACAAACUUUGCUCUUCUGGACCAACACUCACUGUGAGCUCUAACGUGUUUUUAUUCUCUUUUUUUUUUUUAACUGAUCAAGAAAAUCCUUCACACACUUCUAAUUUCAGUUCACUGUCUGACUAUUGGUGUCUAAUAAUUUCUAUUGAUGUUUAUUAAUGAUGAUGUGUACUUUGUAUUGAUGUCUUCUCAGUGGGAUGCAGGGGAGGGAUCACUCUGUAGAGAUGAGAAUAAUAAAGAUGUAUUUAUUUUCAGUA